AUGGCGCCCUCAGCGACAGACACCCAAGCUCUUGUAGUAGAGCCACAAAGUGCCAUCCCACCACCACGCCUCUACGUACCACAAGAAGCCCAUUAUGCAGGAUUCAUCGAAGUCCAGCAAGAUGGAUACCGCCAGGCCAAGUCCCAAGGUUCGCAGAGGGCCGCGAUUGUGAUAGAUAACGGCUCUUCGGCAACCCGAGCGGGCUGGUCCUUCGAUGCCUCCCCCCGCCUGAACAUCCUCCCCAUCUACUCCCGCUACCGCGACCGCAAGCUGGGAAGGACGUACUCCUUCGUUGGCGCGGAUGUUUACGCCGACGCGACGGCGCGUGGACACAUGCGGAACGCGUUUGAGGCCGGCAGUGGGAUCGUUAGUAACUGGGACGUGAUGGAGAACGUGCUGGACUAUGUCUUCAUCAAGAUGGGCGUGGAUGGGCAGAAUGGGGUUGAUGUGCCAAUUGUGAUGACGGAGGCUGUGGCCAAUUUGCCGUACUCGAGGAAGAGUAUGACGGAGAUUAUAUUCGAGGCCUACUCGGCCCCAUCGCUGGCUUAUGGCAUCGACUCCCUCUUCUCCUAUGACUACAACGGUGGCAAGACAGGCCUCGUAGUAUCCUCAUCCCAUAGCGCUACACAUGUCAUCCCAGUCCUGAAUUCCAAAGCCAUCCUCACCCAGGCAACCCGUCUAAAUUGGGGCGGCUCCCAGAACGCUGAGUACCUCCUCAAGCUCCUUCGCCUCAAGUACCCUGCCUUCCCUGGCAAGCUCAACUCUUCUCAGACCGAGUACAUGGUCAGAGAUCACUGCUAUCUCUCCCAAGACUAUGACCAAGAGCUCAAGAGCUACCUGGAUUGGACCGGUCUAGAGGACCGCGACCACGUGAUCCAGUACCCUUACACCGAAGAGGUUAUCAUCCAGAAAAGCGAGGAGGAACUAGCACGCAUCGCAGAAAAGCGGAAAGAGAGCGGUAGACGACUCCAAGAGCAAGCUGCGAAAUCCCGUCUGGAAAGAUUGGUCCGUAAGGAGCAAGAGCUGGACUAUUACAAACACCUCAAAUCGCAACUCGCCGAGCAAACCAAGAAAGAGAUCAAGCGCCUCCUCGAAGCCGAUGAGUUAAAGGACGAGGCUGCUCUCGAUAAAAUUAUCAAGGAGCUCGACAAGUCCAUCCGGAAAGCGCGCACCAAGGACGUCGGCGGCCCGGAAAUCGAGGAGGAAGUCGAGGAGCCUGACUUUUCGCUCCUGGAAAUCGCAGAUGAUCAAUUGGAUGAGGCGGGGCUCAAGCAGAAAAGACAUCAGCGGCUGAUGAAGUCGAAUCACGAGGCGAGGGCGAGGGCCAAAUCCGAGAAGGAGAGAGAGAAGGCGAGGGUGGCGGAAGAACAGCGUCUCGAUAACGAGAAGCGGGAGACUGAUCUUGAGGGCUGGCUGAUAGCACGACGGGCAGCGCGCACAUUGAUCAUCCAAAGGCUCAAAGAUCGUGAUCGUCUCAAGGCCGACCUUGGGAAUCGCAAGUCAUUAGCGAGUCAGAUACGCAUGAAAUCCAUCGCCAACCUCGCCUCAGAUAACCCCACAAAAAAGCGCAGGAGAGGCAAUGACGACGACAAUUUCGGCGCGAACGACGACGAUUGGGGCGUGUAUCGCCAGAUUGCGACUGGCGACGGGAGUGACGACGAAGAGGAGGAGGAUCUGGGGGCGACGCUGAAGGACCUGGAGAAGGAGCUGCUCGAGUGGGAUCCGGAGUUCACGGACCAGCACACACUGGACGCACAGUCAGACUGGACGAAGUCGCUCAUGCACGCCUUCCUCCGCGGACCCCGCCCCUUCGACCCCAAGUCCCAGCAGGAAGUGCACCAAGUCCACCUGAACGUGGAGCGGAUCCGCGUCCCGGAGAUCGUGUUCCAGCCGACCAUCGCGGGCCUGGACCAGGCGGGCCUCGUCGAGAUCGCCGCUGACAUCCUGACGCAGCGCCUCAGCGGCGUCGGGAACCAACGCGACUUCCUGAAGGAUGUCUUCCUGACGGGAGGCAGUAGUCUGUUUCUCAACUUCGACGAACGCUUGCGCGAGGGUCUGAGGGCCUCUCUCCCGGCUGAGGCAGAGCUGGGUGUGAGGCGGGCGAAGGACGCCGUGAUGGAUGCUUGGAAGGGGGCGGCGAGGUGGGCGGGCAGUGAGAGGGGGGUUAGGGGCUGUGUGACGAGAGAGGAGUACGCGGAGAAGGGGGCGGAGUAUUUGAAAGAGCAUGAGCUGGGGAAUGCGUACUCUUAA